AUACACCCCUCAAUCAUCAUUGUUGUAUGUAUAAUUGUAUGUACAGUUCCAUAAAAACAUUUACACAACACAACAUUUCACUUUUCCUUUGCAAAUAUCGAAAAAUAUACCCAUCAUAGCUUCAUAUUCUAGGGUUCCUAAAUUCACAAAAAGGAAUCACGAACAAGAUUUCUCUAUCAGAAUCAUCCAAAGUCUCCAUCUUUUGUAAAGGGGAGGAUGCCUUGUCAAAAUAUGCAAUAUUGGACCUUUACUGGCCUUGUGGGUGCUUUUCUUGAUCUUGGUAUUGCUUAUUGCGUAUUAUGUGCAUCAAGUUUGGCGUUUUUCGUGUCGGAAUUUCUUGGUUUGUUUGGAUUGAGGCUGCCCUGUCCUUGUGAUGGAAUGUUUACGCGGCCUAGAAACCAUUAUUGUUUGCAGAGGCUUUUGUUUGAUUAUCCUCAUGAGAAAGUCGGUUACGUGUUGUGUUCUGUUAGAAAUAAGUUCCCAUUUCAUUCUGAAUUGACGAAUGAUGAAAAUCUUGGUGUGAAGUUGGUUGAAGAAAGAAGCAAUCUUGGUAAUGGCUAUUAUGUUGAUUUCGAAGCUGAGGCGUCUUGUAGUUCAGUAUCAGAUGCUAAGGUGUCACGGAACACGGGUGAAAAAGAGAUGGUUCCAAGAAAGGGAAUUGGUUUUGAGUUUAAUGUAGGAAGGUGGCCGGAUAAGAAGAUUGAUAUGAAGGGUAAGGGGAUUAGUAUUCACAGACCGAGAGCCAAUAUGCGUCGUCGAAGAAAGGGUGGUUAUGAUCACAAAAGAAGUUCCAGUGUGUCAUCUCACGAUCAAGUACCUGUUCCUCGGUAUUCUAGUAGCAUUAAAAAGGAAAAGAAUGAGGACCUAGGGGGCAUGUCAGCUUCUGAUGAAGCCGACACUAACUACUUGUCUGAUGACAGGAGGGCUCCUAGUGUCAUGAGUGCAGGGGGGAGUGGUUCGCGUGACGUUGAUUUGAACAGCUCUCUGCCUGGCAUGAAUUUGAAAGAGAAAUAUGAAUCGAGUAAUGAAGACUUUAUGAGUGAUGCACGAGGCGCUCUUUCUCUUGGUGACGAGAUAAAUACAAUUGGAGUUCUGGAGCAAGCACUUAAGGAGGAGCAUGCUGCUCGUGUUGCGCUAUACAUUGAGCUUGAUAAGGAGAGACAUGCUGCUGCUAGUGCUGCAGAUGAAGCCAUGGCCAUGAUACUGCGUCUUCAAGAGGAGAAAGCAUCCGUUGAAAUGCAAGCACGACAAUAUCAAAGAGAAAUAGAAGAAAAGUCUGCAUAUGAUACAGAAGAAAUGAACAUUCUUAAAGAAAUCGUUUUAAGGAGAGAGAGGGAAAAACAUUUCUUGGAAAAAGAAGUUGAAGCCUAUAGGCAGCUGUUGUAUUCUGGAAAGGAGCAGUCAGAACUUGAUAUUCAAAGUAUAGUGGACAAACAGAGACGAGAAUCUUCUUCAGGUUAUUUGUCUGACGAUACAGACUUGAUGCUACGUGAGCUCAAUGAAUCCCUUGGAAAGAACACAGCGGCUAAAGGUAGAAUUUCAAAUGCUGAGCUGACAUGUAAGGAUACACAACAAAGACCUUUUGUUCAACUUGGGAGUUCAGAAUGGAACGAAGAUGAUGUAGUUCCAACACAGCAGGGUAAAGACAAAUACUCCUCUUUAAAUAGCUCUGAUGAUGUCAACCAGGAGCUACAAGAGAAAGAGAUGGUGUCCGUAGGUAAUAGUCAACUCGCUCAACCAAUAGAAGGGCAGGGAUCAAAUAAUUCAGAAGAGCCCCAAUUUCCUAAGUCUACCAUUCCCUGCAGUAGUGAUGAACAGAAGAAAAAUGGUUCUGAGGAUAUAUAUGGAGGCAUAACAAAGAAUGUAAAUACUAACAUGAGCAGUGUACCAAUUCAGAUAGAUGAUGAUGAUAUAAAGAAACAUGAAAAAGACACUAUGGAAAACAUAGUUCAAAGUAAUGAAGCUAAUAAAAAGGAGCCUGUUUAUGAUGUUCAUGUGAUCAAUAACAACUCCAAGAUCUUUAAUGAGGCAAGUGGUAAGAAGACUGAAAUACUGCCGAAGACUGAUACUUCUAAAGUUACUCCUGAUGUCUCCCAAGAAGUUUCAGACAUACAUAAAAGAGAGUCCCCAAGUACUAGCAAGAUAGGUAUUGCAACAGACUCUAACAGGAGCACCUUAGACAUGGCCAUGAGGCUGCCACCACCAGGUCCUAGGGAAAAAUCUGUGCCUGUUUCCCAUAGAAGUUCCAUUUCUGUAUCAGAUACUGAAAGGUUAAAAAUUGAUAUGGAGGUUGAGUGGCUAAGAGAAAAAUUAAGGGCAGUGCAGGAAAGAAGAACAAAGCUCAAUGUCUCUGUGGAUCAUGAUAAGGAAAAGCUGCAGUUGCAACUGCUGGAAGAUAUCGCUUCCCAGCUUCGAGAAAUUCGAGUUAUGACUCAUCCUGAGAAGGCCAUGCGACAGGCAUCUUUACCACUUCCGUCCUCUGAGGCUACAAAGAAAAGGAGGCAUCCAAGUGCAUAUGUAAACAACAGCUCGUGAGGCUUGAGAAGAUCGAUCAUCCAUGUUUAGAAAGUGUACUGAUCCUUGUCGCAGCAUCAUGAUCAUAGAUGUUCGAAUAUGCACCAGGAUGCUAGCCUAGUUAGAUCACGGAGCUGCCGAAAAUUAUCAUUUCUAGGAGAUAUAGUCUUACAAAUAGUUACCUAGGUUUGAUGUGAGAACUCGUAAGCAACAUGUAAAUAUUGUGUAGUGCCUACUUGUUAGUUGUUACUACCGUCCUUCCAUCACUUUUUGUUUCUUUACACUUUCAGUUGUGUAAAAAUGAAAGCUCAGAAUGAAGCAUGAAUAAAGCUUUUGCAGUUGUACAGUUUGUAUAUAAUCACAGUUUUGUUGAUAACA